GUCUAAUCUAAUAUAUUAAAAUUAGCAAUGGUCAAAGUAAAGUUAAUGCCUUUCGCUUGCUCCUUUAAUAAGCAUGUCCCUUAGUACGAGAAAUUAGGAAAUUUGGGACUAUGAAAGAUCCUAAUUUUGACAUAGAAGAAUUGGUGGGCCGUAGCGGGCAUCGUGAUCAGCUGAUUUUGUGUGGUAAAGAAUUUGGAGUAUAAUUAUAAAUUUUCAGGGUUGGUUGGGAAUCCAACAACUUUUACAGAGGAAAGUUCGACUUCAGGAGCUCCAGUGCUCACGAUGGAUACUUCUUCCCGGCCAGCAGUUACAAAGCAAGGAAUCUAUUUUUCAUCGAACACAUACCUUCUCAUCGACACUGUAUUCCAAGCUCCAGCAGGCAAAUUUUCAUUCCAAUAUUGGGCUUUCUUCUUUACUUACCAUGGCUACACUCUCCUAAAAGGCUCCAUAAAUGAUGCUGGGACGAACGAAUUGAUUACUUUAUCAGGAACUGGAAGUGGAGGAGUUGUGACAGGAAGGUGAUUUUAUAAGGCAAAAGGACUCAAAUAUAAUUCUGUCAGACAAGGAUGGAAUCAGGUUUGGAUGAGCAGUACUACUGGGUAUACAAAAGGGAAGCUAUAUCAUAAUGGAUUUGGAGAAAUAACAGCUUCAUCAUACACAAUCAGUCCAUCUUUUACACUUGAAUCAAAGCUAGGAUUCACCAGUUCAUCAUCUAAUAGCUAUAUUCUACAAAGUUUCUCAUACUCCGAUGAUGAUUCAUUCUUUACAUUGAGUUCAUCAGCUCUUUACCCUAACAACUUAAACACUUGUGGAGAUGGAGUACUCCAGCCAACAAAUAUGGAAGAAUGAGAUGAAGGUGAUGCAGUCAACGGAGGUGGCUGAAGCGAAGCCUGCAUGUUUGAGACAGGCUCAUGCUCUAAUAAUGCAGUCAAUUGCUUCGAGACCUGAGGAGAUGGCACAAAGGGAACUUUUGAAGAGUGAGAUGAUUCAGGAGAAAUCAAUGGUGAUGGAUGAGACUCUAGUUGAAAAAUUGAGGAUUAUUGGAGUUGUGUACAACCUGUUGUUAUCCAACCAGCCCAAUGAACUGAAAAUUGCGGAGAUGGAAGAAGAUUUAAUUCUUUAGCAACUUAUUGAGAUGAUAAUAAUACUGAUGAUGACGAUGGAUGAUCUUCUACUUGAGCCAUUGAGAAUGGAUAUAGUUGAACAGGAGGAUCUAGCACUCAAAAAGAUGUAUGAACACCUAUCUGAGGAGAUGGAAAAGUAAUUGUCAAUGAAAAGUGAGAUGAUGGAAACUCGGAUUCUGGAGAUGGCUGAAGUGAUUCUUGAGAAAUUGAAGAAAAUUGGGUGUGAAAUGGAGGAAACAUAACUUCUCAGAGUUCUUGAAGGCUUAAAUGAAUCAUUGAGAAUUGAAAAACAUGUGAUUCUGAAAUUAACACUAAAUGAAACACCUGAGUUGAUGGAUACAGCCUUAACAAAGACUUUUCUUGAAGGCAUGUAGAGGUUUCUGAGUCAGCUCAGAUGAUGUCAUCAGGGGCCACUGCAGCUACAGGCAUUGGCUCAACAAUAGGGAUUCUUGUUUCAUUAAUGAAUUUGUCUGCUCCAAUGGCUCUUUGGGCUAUGGCAAAUCAAGUCCAACUGAUGCUUCUACUUUUACUGACCAAAAGCUCUCUCCCAUCAGAUAUUAUUGGGUAUAUUACAAAUAAUGGAUUUUUCUCAUUUAACAUGGGAUUUCUCCCGAUAAAAUCGAACAUGGUAUCAGAGAUUCCACUAAAAUGGAUGGACAAGGCCCAAAAUCGUAUAGAAUUAGAAGAUAUUGGGCUAGAGUCAGGAAGCACAUUUAACAAUAAUUUCGGACUGGUUAUCACUAUAUGAGUUUUGGUGCUGCUUAAUCUAUGUCUAUGUUGUUCACCCAACCCAGAUAAAUACAAUGAAGACGAUUUUAAACAUAAAUUAGCUAAAUUUUUCAAACAUGUCUUGGCUAUUUUUACUUUUGGAAUAUACAUCAGACUUUUGUUGGAGGCCUAUCAGUUUAUUUUGCUUUCCUCUAUUAGUGAAUUAUGAAGAAUAAACGAGCUACCUCUACAUGAAAUCAUUUCAGGAUCUUUUUCUAUCUUAAUGAUCCUUUGCUGCCUUUUAUGCUUGCUUUUAUCAUUUCUGCAGGUCUGGAAGGAAGAUCAAAAAGAUAUUCAUGAUGAAUUAGGUGAAUUUACUGCAGGCUUAAAGCCAACAAGCCCGUCUAGACUUUACACUCCUUUACUACUUUUGAGAAGAAUAUUUUUCAGUGUUCUAUUGAUAAUUUUUGAGGAGCAAGGAUGCAUCUUCUUGGUGUCAUUUAUGUUAUUGGUUCAGAUAAGUUAUACUUGUCAUCUGCUUUAUCGGAGGCCGAUGGAGAACAUGAUAAAUAACUUGGUGGAAUGAAUAAAUGAAGUCUUCUUCAUCUUCUUUGUUGCUUUUCUCCUCAAACAUAAUUCAAAGAAUACUUGGAAAGGAUGGCCAACUAGUUCAUAUUUGUGGAUAAUGGUUACAAAUUCAACAAUAGUUGUUAUCAUUAUUUUCGUUGGAGGAAUCUUCGAUUCUGUAAAAAAAUGUUUCAGAUCAAAGAAAGUUAAAGAAAUAGAACAGAAAGAACCUCAAAAGUCACAAAGAAAUCAACAGAGAGAUCUAAGCAGAUUUACGGAAAAGAAUAUUAAUAUGAGUGACAUCACUGUAAAUAAAACUUCAAGCCAAGUCGAAAUAAAAAGAGACCAAAUGAGGAGAGCUUCCCCUAAAACCAUCACCAACCGCGAAGCGCAAGAAAUCCAAAAGAUCAAGCGCAAAAUAGUUCCUCUUCACGAAGAACUAAAACUGCCAUCUUCUUCCUAACCCAACUCAUUUUCAACUUUUA